CCCGCCACACCACCUCUCGGACCACAACAUUGUUUGACCAAACCACCACUCGCAGUCGCAGUCCAAAACCCUCGCUCUCUUUCUCUCUCUCUCUCUCUCUCUGAUCCAAAAUCGGAUCACGUAGAAUCCAAUUCUCUAUAUUCUGAGAUCCCCAAUUUCGCGUUCUCACUGAAUCAUCUAGAAUACCCAAGGAGAUCGUAUAUUUUUAGGCUUUUUGUUUCGAGGAAUCGAUGAAGGUGAAACCGGAGUCGUGUUUGGGGGACGACGUGUGGCCGCCGGGGUUUCGGUUCCACCCAACCGACGAGGAGUUGGUCCUGUACUAUCUGAAGAGGAAGAUCUGUGGGAAAAAACUCAAGCUCGAUAUCAUCCGCGAGACCGACGUUUACAAGUGGGAGCCCGAGGAAUUGCCCGCACAAUCUAUACUGAAAACCGGAGAUAGGCAAUGGUUCUUUUUCAGUCCAAGAGAUAGGAAGUACCCUAAUGGAGGAAGGUCAAAUAGGGCAACCAGAAAUGGGUAUUGGAAAGCAACAGGAAAGGAUCGUAGCAUUGCAUGCAACUCUCGGACGGUUGGAGUGAAGAAGACCCUGGUUUUCUAUAGAGGUCGUGCACCUAGUGGGGAACGCACCGACUGGGUGAUGCACGAAUAUACUGUGGAUGAGGAGGAGCUUAAGAGAUGCCAGAAUGUACAGGAGUAUUAUGCACUCUACAAGGUUUUCAAAAAAAGUGGACCUGGUCCUAAAAAUGGGGAGCAAUACGGGGCACCAUUUAAAGAAGAAGACUGGGUUGAUGAUGAAUGUCCAGAUUUUAACAAUUCUACUGAUAGGGAUAUAUCGGUGAAGCAACUCAUUGAAGUUACUUCUGUCACUGAUGUGAGAAUCAAUGGUCAAUUCCAGUCUACAUUAGAUGAAUUUGAGGAGUUCCUUGGGGGAAUUGCAGAUGAGCCUGUGCUUGACCAGCCACAAAUCAAUGAUUCUGCUCACAUCCUAUAUCAGGUUGGCGAGGAAGACACACAAAGUACUAUGGUGGAUCCAUCCUCCAAGGAAGUUAUCACUGCUGAAGCUUUAAGAGUGCUGCACCCAAGUGGUCAGCUGUAUGACGUGCAGGCCAGCUUUGGCUAUACACAGUCAACUACUUCUCAAUUGCAAUUUUACGAGACGCCUGAGAUUACAUCUGCCCCCAAUCUUCAUAAACCUGAACCUCUCAUAAUACAAGAAGAGGACUUCCUGGAAAUCGAUGAUCUGAUUGGUCCUCAACCUAGUUUUUCAUCAGACAAUGACAGAACUGUGGAGAACUUGCUGUUUGAGGAGCCUGAUGGAUUAAGCGAGUUUGACUUAUUCCAUGAUGCUGCCAUGUUUCUUCAUGACAUGGGGCCAAUAAGUCAGGCAAUUGCAGAUCCAUAUGCGAAUAUCCUUGAGAAUAAUACUCUAAACCAGUUUGAUUAUCAGUUGCAACCCAAUCUAGAUGGUGCUGGUCAGAUUGACAAUCAACUGUGGACACACGAUCUAAGAAGAAACAUCAAUACUUCAGCAGAAUCAAAUCUGGGUUCUUUUUCUCUACCUCCCUCAGGUGUUGUAUAUGAAUCUACCAAUUUUCCUAUCCAAGAAAAUCAAAAUCAAAAUGGCAAUGAGGGCGGUGGUGCUGCGGGUGGGUUCUCUUCUGCACUGUGGUCAUUUGUGGAGUCAAUACCCACUACUCCUGCAUCAGCUGCAGAGAAUGUUUUGGUGACUCGGGCUUUUGAGCGAAUGCCUAGCUUCAGUCGGCUGAGAGUGAAUGUUAAAAGCACAACAGUUUCUGCUCGCAAUAGUACUGAAACUAUAAGGAGGGCAGGUAGUAGAUGUAAGGGAUUAUUGUUCAUUUCAGUUAUUGGAGUGUUGUGUGCCAUCUUGUGGGCGCUGAUUGGAACUGUGAGACAAUCGGGGACACGCAUAUCCCCAUGAAUAUAAAAAUGGGAAGUUUUCUGCUAUUUUUAUUCCUGCCAUUGCCGGAAUUAGUAGAAUGCUCAGCAUAUUGUGAAAAUAAGGAUUUCAUACUUCUCUGUGAAUUUUGAAUGUAAAGGGUGGAUUUUAGUAGCAAUGUCAGAAGGAAAUAUAUCUAUAGUUUUUGCUUAUAA